UGAGCAUGCAGGGUCUUGACACUGUGACUAGAUACAAAACCACAGCCAUGAAUACCAUUCAACACCAGCAGAACAAGACAGCACUUAAAAAACAACAUUUAAAGAAGAACAUCAACCAUUUCACAGAUGUGCAUGGUCUGCCUUGCAUUGAGAAGAUUGUGUGCACAGUGGAUGAUACUCCUCAUCCAAUCCAAACAAACAUCAAGGGCAAAUUCCCACAAUGGAUCAACGGCAGUUUCUUGAGGAAUGGCCCCGGGAAGUUUGAAAUUGGAAACCAUAAGUUUAACCACUGGUUUGAUGGCAUGGCUCUACUUCACCAGUUCAAAAUUUCCAAAGGACAGGUGACUUACAAAAGCCGCUUCCUCUCCAGUGACAGUUACCAGGCCAACAAUGAAAAUAACCGCAUUGUUGUUUCCGAAUUUGGAACCAUCACUGUGCCAGACCCUUGUAAAAACGUUUUUCAACGCUUCCUCUCAAGAUUUGAAUUACCAAAGCCCACAGAUAAUGCCAAUGUGAGCAUUGUGACCUACAAAGGUGAUUACUAUGUAAGCACUGAAACUAACAUGAUGCACAAGAUAGACCCUGAGACACUGGAGACGACCAAAAAGGUGAACUGGAGCAAUUUUAUUGCUGUUAACGGUGCCACCGCACACCCUCACACUGAUCUUGAUGGAACAACAUACAACAUGGGGAAUUCAUACUCCCCUAAAGGAUCAUAUUACAACAUUAUCCAAGUGGCUCAAACCAAAAACAACAGCGAAGAAACCCUUGAGGGAGCCAAGGUGCUUUGCUCUAUUCCCUCAACUGAGAGUGCCAAACCAUCCUACUAUCACAGUUUUGCAAUGUCUGAGAACUACGUGGUGUUCAUUGAGCAACCUAUCAAGAUGGACCUGUUGAAGAUCAUAACAGGCAAGUUAACAGGAAAGAGCAUUAGUAACAGCUUCUUCUGGGACCCCAAACUCAAAACAAUCUUCCAUCUGAUUCCCAAAAAAACGGGGAAGGUGAGUUCCCUAAAGUACCUUGCUCAGCCACUGUCAACCUUCCACCAAAUCAACGCCUUUGAGGAAGACGGUUGCUUAAUCGUUGAUUUGUGCGCAUCAGAUGAUGGUCAGGCAAUUUCAAACUACAAUGUCCAGAACCUUCGCAAGUCUGGACAAGAUCUUGAUGAGGUGUAUAAUACACUGUGUAGAGUCUUUCCACGUCGCUUUGUUCUCCCUCUUAAUGUUGAUGAUAAGACACCCUUCAACCAGAACUUGAACAGCUUGCCCAACAGCUUGGCCACUUCAUUAAGGAUUGGCAAGAACAAGAUAUUCUGCACCCACGAGGAUCUCCAUGGGGAAGACCUUCAUAAGUACGGUGGUCUUGAGUUUCCACAGAUCAACUAUGGCAAGUACAACACCCGGCCCUACCGCUACUUCUAUGGCUGCGGUUUCAGACACCUUGUAGGGGACACAUUGAUCAAGAUGGACCUUCAGGGUAAACACAUGAAGGUCUGGGAACAACCUGGUCUAUAUCCCUCAGAACCUGUCUUUAUACCCUCCCCUGAUGCCACAGAGGAGGAUGAUGGCGUAAUUUUGUCUGUGAUCAUCACUCCAAAUAAGGACAGGAGUACUUUCCUCUUGGCUUUGGAUGCCAAGACAUUCCAAGAGGUGGGCCGGGCUGAGGUGCCAGUUAAUAUCCCAUACGGCUUCCAUGGAACAUUCAAUGCCACAGCAUAGCCAUUUGAUGGAUAAUAAUACUUUAUACUGCACUCCAAACGCUACACUCACUUAUUGCGACAAAUAACUCAUGAAUAUGCGAAUUGCUUGUGUAUCCCUCACUCAUACUCUCGUCCAAUAGACUUAUAAUUUACAGUCAAUCCCACCCCACUUCCAUUGUACAGCCGGGUUCACGACCCUUGCCCUGCAUGCUUCUUCUCCUGUCCAUGUCCUGUUCUAGCUUGUCCUGUCCUUCCCUCACAGGGUGUAACACUACAGCCCCAUGCAACACUCAUAUUUAAUGUUUCAUUGUUGUAGAUAAUGUAAUGACUUACUUUUCUCAUCCUGUUUACAAUUAGUGCUUUGUCUUUGUUUCUCUCUCCCCUCUAGAAACUUUGUUCUGUUCGACUCUGAUUCUCAAUAAACUUCAAUUAUAACACUAAGCAACCACAGCGGAAGCUUAAAAACUCCACUGUGACACAGUCAAACUGUUGCGGCAUAAAAGAGAUACAGAACUUCCAUUCUGCUUGACCUAACAGCCGUACAGCACCAAAUAAAAAAACAAAAAACAAAAAAAAACACUUAUUGUACUUUUAACAUUUAACAAAGAAAAUUCAAAGACAAAAACUAACACAAUUAAAAGUAAAUGUUUGAAAUUAACUGAGUUCUCUUCAAACAUAGGUAAGUCAUAACAGAAUUAAUAUUACAAUCAUAGCAGUCACAGUAUUGUUAUGAUUGCAAAUGGCAGUGUAAAAAGAACACACACACACACACAUUUCAUUUAAUCAUUUGCAAUUACCAUGUAAAACCAAACAAGUGUGUUCUGAGAAGAAACAUCCAAGAUACUAAAUAUAUUAAAUAUUAAAGAUAUAUUAUUAUCAGCAAUUAUAGUCAUAUAUAGAAAUGACAUACUGUAUUGUGAUACCAAGUAUACUGCCAUGUGAACUUCAGGAGUGAAUUAAGAUUCUGCAUGCACUUCAAAGAGAACACAAAAUUACUUUUUAUUUCUCACUAUAAUGAAACAUCUCAAGGAUAUAGUUCAUGCAGCAAAAUUAAUCUUACAAUUUAUCAGAAAUAUGAACCAAUGUUUUCUUCAGGUGAUUCUUCUUAUGUUUUAGGACAGAUUCAAGAUUUUGAGCUUCUUGGAAAAGGCUCUCCAGCUCCUUCCUUUGAGCUGUAUCCACUGCUGCUCUCUCACUGAAAUAAGCCAUAAAAAAAAUUACUAUAAUGUAGUAUUACGACAUAAACCGGUUGUGUCAAACUCAGUUUUGUUGCAGGCCACAUUGUAGGUUUCCUUCAGAGGGCCGUUAUCAGUGUGGAACCCUAUAAAAUACAAUAGCCUAUUCAUCCAUCCAUUUUCUGAGCCGCUUCUCCUCACUAGGGUCGAGGGCGUGCUGGAGCCAAUCCCAGCUGUCAUCGGGCAGGAGGCGGGGUACACCCUGAACUGGUUGCCAGCCAAUCGCAGGGCACAUACAAACAAACAACCAGUCGCACUCACAGUCAUGCCUACGGGCAAUUUAGAGUCUCCAAUUCAUGCAUGUUUUUGGGAUGUGGGAGGAAACCGGAGUGCCCGGAGAAAACCCACGCAGGCACGGGGAGAACAUGCAAACUCCACACAGGCGGGGCCGGGGAUUGAACCCGGGUCCUCAGAACUGUGAGGCUGACGCUCUAACCUGUCGGCCACCAUGCCGCCUAGCCUAUUCAUAUCAAUACAUAUACAGUAGAACCUCGGUUUUCUUAUGCCCUAGUUUUGAAAAAAAAAAAUAAUAUUCGCUGAAAAUUUGACCCAGUUUUCGUACAUCCGUUAGGUUUUCGUGCAGUUGAAAAUGGUCCAAAUGCCAAACGCAGCCACCUGCCAGUGUCACGCCUAACUUUCUUAUUGUAAAACACUUGCCAAUUCUCAGCAUUAUUAAACAUGAAAACAAUUUGAAAUUCUGGUACAGAAGAACACGAAGUAGAAACACAUGAUUUGUUAACGCCGGCCACCAGGCUUUGAGUUUGAUACCUGUGACACAACUGAUAAGACAGCAAAAAUGCCAAUGUUUUAUACGUUGAUUCAAUAAAAUUGUGCGGUUAUCGCUGAAAAGGACUAUUGUUAAAAAAGGUUAUUGUUGGCCUUGUAAUUCUUAACGAUGUGUAAUCUUAAAAGUAUGUGACGCCAUUUUGACAUGAACUCGGAAAAAGGCCCAGGUGUUAUGAUGACAUUGUUUUUAGUCUAUGAUCAAGCUCCACUUGUGUUCUGUAACUAGUUGUUGCUAUUUAAACAAAAGGAACAGGCUAAGCAGCUGAACAUGGAUGGAGAGAUGGCCUAAUCAUCUAUAGCAGUGAAUGUUAAUGUUCUGUGAGAGCUCAUCAGGUGUGUCCCUGGAAACGGUCCAGUUUCACUUAAUUGUUCUGAAAAUUAUUAUUUAUAAAUAAAAAUAAUGUAUCUUCGUUUAACUAUGAAUGCCAAUGGCUUACAGUGACAGGCAGAAAAAUUAACUGCUCUACCACCAGAUGGCAGAAUGUACAUAAUUAUGGCUAUGUGUGUAGCCACCUGUUGCCAAAGUAAAAUACAGUAUGUGCCUUGCCUCUAUUAAGGUUGGGAAACACUGAUAGCAUGAUGUCUCUCAGACAAAGAGCAAAAGUAUUGGAACCCCCACUACAGUGGUGUGUGUGUGUGUGUUUGAUCUACCUUCACAUCCAACAAAAUCCAACCUGAAACCCUUUGCCCACAUGAAAAUGCCUUAAAUGGCCAUUUAACAAUUUGGUUGUGCUUUGGUUGAGAUUGCAUGUACAUUUAGAUGUACUCUGAAGUCGUUAUAAAUCCAGGCACAGUUUGGAAAUUGUACAACUAAAACAGCAGAAUUGAAACUUGAAAUACAGUUGUUUGAAUGUGACCUACGAUAACAUAUCUGCAAACUUUGAAAAAAGCAUGCUGAUCUCUCGACCUGCACCUGUAACGAGAAGGCCACAAAGUGACAUUAAUGACAAUAAAAGAAUGGAGGAAAUGUGUAUGUGAGGUGACUAGCAUUAUGUUUUUGGUUGCAGUGGUUUAUCAUUAUAUUAGUCUGAUGACACCAAUGUUUUCCAUCUUUUAUUCUGCAUUUUUUUUUUAUUGUUGUAUGUUAUCAUCCUGGGUCAAGUUACCAAAUAACGUAAAUAUCACAUGCUGAAAUUGUUUAUCAACAACUUACUGUAUACCAAAAUCCUAUUAAGGUCAAACUAUUAUUGUAAGGUCCUCUAUUGUAUUACAGUAAAGUUGGAACUGCAUUAUGUGCAUCCUGUCUAGAAAAAUAUCUGAUAAUUAUGGUAUCCUCUCAUGGUUUGUACAACUUGCG